GAGAGAGAGAGAGAGAGAGAGAGAGGGAAGAAACAAAGAACAGACGGAGAUGGGCCCGUUCCUCUUCGCGGCUCGACCCUUUUUAGGAAAUAACCAAGGGGAAGGGGGAGGAUGGGAAGGGGACAGCAUGAACCGACCGCGCUGUCGGGUCCUAUCACACAAGCCGCACUCAGCCUGCCUUGUUGGGUCAACUUGAAGCUCUUUUGUUGUCGUGUCUGGUUUCAAGAAAUGGGGUUGGAUGAAUCGAUUGAGAAACAACCCCGAGAGCAGGAAAAGGAGAGGAGGGAAGAGGGGGGAAAAGGGACUGGGUCCUGGGGGCCUGUCAAAACUGUCAGAUCUUCGUCACACACGGCAGAGAGCAAGAAAUAAAAAAAAAAAGCCG